UGUGCAAGCUAGCUUCUUAAUUAUCCACUUUAAUUCGGUGUCCCUCAGUGCUCUAGUUUUCUCGUUUCGUACUGCAAAUAGGUUCUGACUUCAGGUGGAAAUAUGACUAAGAAGCAGUCCUCCGAGUUGGCCAUCGAAGAGCUUAAGAAGCUUGUCAGAGAAAAGGAAGAAUUGGAGGGUGUGGCGGCGGAAAAGAUCGGCAAGCUAAUAGCUGAGCUGCAGGGAAUCCACCUGGAUCCAUUAGACGAUCCGGCUGUCGAUAGGAUCAACAUCGGCUUCAGCCACUUCAAGUUCAACAUAUUCGACAAGAACCCAGGUCUGUUCCAGGAACUUACCCAAGGUCAGAGCCCCCAGUUCCUGGUGUUUGCAUGCUCAGACUCACGAGUGAGCCCCGAUCUGAUCCUAAACUUCCAACCAGGAGAAGCUUUCAUGGUUCGCAACAUUGCUAACAUGGUCCCUCCUUUCGAUCAGCUUAGGUACGGUGGAGUUGGUGCAGUCCUUGAAUAUGGUAUCACAGCCCUCAAGAUACCAAACAUUCUGGUGAUUGGGCACAGCAGGUGUGGUGGAAUCAAAAGGCUCAUGGAGCAUCCAGAGGAUAACUCUCCUCCCUUUGACUUCAUAGAUGAGUGGGUGAAAAUUGGUUUACCCGCCAAAAUCAAGGUGAAGAGCGAACACGAUCCCAGCAAUACAAGUUUCGAAGAGUUAUGCAAAUUCUGUGAGAAGGAAUCGGUGAACAACUCGUUGGUGAACCUGCAGACGUAUCCAUAUGUGCAGAGAGAGAUGAGGAAGAACAAGAUGGGACUGUACGGAGGGUACUAUGACUUCGUGAAAGGAGAGUUCAAGCUGUGGAAGUAUGACGCUCACGUGACAGAACCCAUUACGCUCCCAAUGGUUCCAGGCCCGCCUCCCCGUCCGCCAUUCGGGAUCAUUCAGCCGCCUGUUGGGAUUGAGCCAGCUUCUUCCAAGUGACCAUCCUUGCUUGCUCUUCUCUCUUAAUUACUUCUUGUUUACUUCCACCUGUUUCCUUUGCUUUCUGUGCCUUUAAUUUGUAGUUUUUCCUCGCAUUUUAAUUACCCCCCCC